AGUUUUCGUUCGGAAGCCAAAACAUCAGCACCGAACGUCUAUACAUUUUCCAAGUUUUAAAUAUACAUUUUUUUUUUUGUAUAUAUAUACACUGCAUUAAGUACGGAAAUUUGGCGCUUAAAAUGGUUGUUCCGAGGAUUAAGAAAAGAAGUCACAGUAGGAAAAUCGAGGCGACGCCAAUGGAUGUGGAGGAAAAAGAUAAUAAUCGUGAUCGUAAACACAUUUUGAAUCAUCUAUCGCGGGCACCCGGAAAAUGUAUUUUGAGUAACUGCAAUCAAUUGGUUUUCCCAUCGAAUAUGCUGGUACACAUGCUCCGCAAGCACAACAAUAGUCCGAAUACCAACUUGGCGAUCAUCUAUGACAAUCAACGAUUGCGUAAAACCUUCAAUCUAAAUAGUUUGAAAUACGACGAACCGCAGGUGUUGAAUAUACUCCUGUAUGCUGGCACCGAGGGUAAGCCGCACACUCGACCAGCUCGCCGGUACUUGAGUUAUCCCAAUUGCGGUCUACCUCAUAGUUUCGGUCGGUACGAGCAUCAUUUAAUGAUGAAUCUAAUGAUUUGCAAGACCUCUUGGUUCUCCAUGCUGCCGGACAGAAUAUGCGGCGAGAAGCUGGAGAAAAUGCAUGGUACGCCGGAGAACACCAUAUAUGUUAUAUGGCUGAUGGGCCCGGAGACCUCAAGUCGUAUGUUUUAUACGCUGACUGCAUACGAUCGUUACUAUAUACAAUCGCGCAGUGUUAUUCGGAAAACAAGGAACUUUUUUCUAUCGCAGCAACCGAAGGACUUUCUCAAUCACGAGAAUGAUUACCUGAUGCUUCGCCAUGAGGAGGCAAUGGAUUUGAUGAACGGCGAGGGUGACGAAUUGAAUCAGACAUCGUACAUUAAGUUGGAACUAUUUUUGCACGAGGAACCUAAACUGGUUUCGUUUCCCACACAUUUGUUUCCGACUCCAAUGAUGUCAGAUACAAUAAGAAUAUUCCCACUAUCAUUUAAGGCGAUUAAUGUUCUGCCCCCUAAAAUGAUGACGAAACAGAACUGGAAACGGGCCAUAAGGAUGUCCAGGAAAGGACCUGUGGCAGCGACUAAAACCGCGAAAGAAUCAAAUGACACCUCAGACGAUCAAGAAUACUCCUUUGAUAGUAAAGUAAAAAUUGAGCUCCUUAAAUAUCUACACUCAGUGAGGAUUCCUAAGGCCAAGAGAACGCAAAAACAAGUCCAGAACGAAGAUCAAGCAAAGCCUCUCGAGAUGGAUCCCGUACUCUUGGAAGUACCAAUCAAGAAUAGAGUAUUGAAAACUUUUAAGAAUGCCAUGGAUAAUUCGGUCAAGGACGCAGUGAGAAAGGUGACCGAUGAGACGUUAAUCGCUAACCUAGAUAUAAAGUCUGAAUUGGAACUAGAACUAGAAAUAAAACCGCGAAACCGACCAGCUGAAGCGAAAACGGAAGCUAAAAAUGAAACUGAAGCGCCACAGUAGAGAAUUUUUUAUUGAAAAAAUCCUAAGGUACUUUUUCAUUUUUCUUACCAAAAAAAAUUUCACGCAACAAAUUGUAAAUCUUUCAGUACAAUAAAUGACCCGAAUUCAACUUGCAUACC